GCCCGCUAGCAGCACAGCGCGGAGACUGGAGCCCUAGGGCCCGCCCGAGCAUCAGAGUGUCCACUAGUCCCCGCUAUCCCGGCCCUGCGCCCCUCCGGCCAUAGCUGCGGAGCCGCUGUCUAGAGCCCCAGCCUCGCCACCAUGAGAGUCCUGCUGGCAUGCCUGCUCCUCUGCGCCCUGGUCGUGAGCGACUCCGAGGGCACCCAUGAACUUCAUCAAGUGUCUGGUGCAUCGAAGUGUGGCUGUCUGAAUGGAGGAAAAUGUGUGUCCUACAAAUACUUCUCCAACAUUCAGCGAUGCAACUGCCCAAAGAAAUUCCAAGGGGAACACUGUGAGAUAGAUACAUCGAAAACCUGCUAUCAGGGGAAUGGUCACUCUUACCGAGGGAAGGCCAACACUGACACCAGCGGCCGGCCCUGCCUGGCCUGGAACUCUGCCACCGUCCUUCUGAAAACGUACCAUGCCCACAGACCUGAUGCCCUUCAGCUGGGACUGGGGAAACACAAUUAUUGCAGGAACCCAGACAAUCAGAGAAGGCCCUGGUGCUAUGUGAAGGUUGGCCUAAUGCAGAUUGUCCAGGAGUGCGUGGUGCACAACUGCUCUUCUGGAAAAAGUGCCCUCUCUCCUCCAGAAAAGUUACAGUGCAGCCAGAAGGCUCUGAGGCCCCGCUUUAAGAUUGUUGGGGGAGAAUUCACCACCAUCGAGAACCAGCCUUGGUUUGCAGCCAUCUAUAGGAGGCACCGUGCAGCCUCUGUCACCUACGUGUGCGGUGGCAGCCUCAUCAGCCCCUGCUGGGUGGUCAGCGCCACACACUGCUUCAUUGAUUACCAAAAGAAGGAGGACUACAUUGUCUACCUGGGUCGGUCAAAGCUUAACUCCAUCACGCCUGGCGAGAUGAAGUUUGAGGUGGAAAAGCUCAUCUUACAUGAGGACUACAGUGCUGACACCCUUGCUCACCACAAUGAUAUUGCCUUGCUGAAGAUCCGUUCCAGCACGGGCCAGUGUGCACAGCCAUCCCGGUCCAUACAGGUCAUCUGCCUGCCCCCAGCGAAUGAGGAUGCCCAUUUUGGCACAAGCUGUGAGAUUACUGGCUUUGGAAAAGAGAAUCCCUCUGACUAUAUCUAUCCAGAGCAGCUGAAAAUGACUGUUGUGAAGCUGGUUUCCCACGAGGAGUGUCAGCAGCCCCACUACUAUGGCACUGAAGUCACCAACAAAAUGCUGUGUGCGGCUGACCCACAGUGGGAAACAGAUUCCUGCCAGGGAGACUCAGGGGGGCCGCUGGUCUGCUUCACCCAAGGCCGCAUGACUCUGACUGGGAUUGUGAGCUGGGGCCGUGAAUGUGCCAUGAAGGAAAAGCCAGGCGUCUACACAAGGGUCUCAAGCUUCAUGCCCUGGAUACACACUCACAUUGGGGGAGAGAAUGGCCUAGCCCUCUGAGGGCCCCCAGAGAACCAAGGGAAGAGACGGGUACCACCCACUCCCACAGUGACCGUCACUUUUGCAGUAGGGCCAUCUGCACAGCUAUAUGUAACGAAGAGACUGAGGAAGAUGAGCUCUGCAGAGGUGGUUUUGCUUGUGCUGCCCAUCAGGGUGAGUGACAGUAGCUUCACCCUCAGAUACACGUCUGGGUGCUGGACACCCAGAUCUCCCCUGGCUAGGAUGGAAGGGUGGUCCUCAACCAGAAUGGUAUUGUCAUUUUCUGGACUAAAGCUUCCUGGAGUUAAAAAUGGCAUCUUCUGUGCAUAGGUGGAAGGAGAGCCAGCUCCCUGGCAGUGGGCCAUUCAUGAGGCCCACUGUUGGGAAAUGAAUAAUUUCCCAAUUAGGAAGUGUAACAGAACUGAGGUCUCUUGAGAGAGCUUGGCCAAUGCAGGAACAGUGGUUUGGAGAGUAAGGACACUAAAUGACUUGAGGGAAGGGCUCUGACAUUCCAUGAAUGUAUCAGGAAAUGUUAUAUACGCGUGUGUAUGUUGGCACACUUGUGCACAGGCUGUGUCAGUGUAAGAGCUGGUGUUCUGUGUCUGACUGCACGUCUAGAUACUUCCCCAAAUCGUAUGGACUGUGACAUCACACAGAAUGGCCUGUUUGGAGAGGUUGUGGGGCCUCUUGGGUCUCCCAGGCAAUGAUACAUAUAAAUGUAUCAUUCUGGGGCACAGACUGUGACCAGCACUAAAUUUCCAGUUUCACAUUCACAUAGAUGUCCAUUCUUGGCCAGUUAUCCCUUCUGACCUUCCAGCCGAGUUCAUCCAAUCCUCACUGAGUGAGGUGAGGACCAUUCCUGUACACUGAAUAUUUAAUAAUUAUAUUCUGGUAUUUUUAUUUAUAUCUAUUUUUGUAAUUUUGAAUAAGUAUGAUUGAUCAAAUGUGAUUUUUCUGAAGAUUUUGGCUCUUCCCUCGUGCUUGUAUGGGAGGGAGUUGGGAGCAUAAAAAGUAGAAAAUGACGAUGGUGGAAUGCACCCGAGUUUCCUGUGGGGCUAUAUCUGGACUUAAUGGGGCUUUGGGAGGAGAAGCUAGGAGACUUGUAGAACAGACCCUCCAUAGCACAUAAGGUACAAAAAUGUGCCCCAGGCCAGAAGUCCACAGCUUGGUAAAUGGUGUGCAGGCUUUGUCAACUCCCAGUUCCCUCCUCAGCCUGAUGCCUUUGUGCAGUGCACAUCUUGUACAACUUUACACGGUGAUCCUACCAUAUACUCUUCACUCUGCCCCCAACAAUCCUUGGGCUGACUUCAACCAAGGGGGACAUGUGCAUGAGUGAAAAUUGAUGAUCCCAAACCCAGCCCAGCUUGAGUCUGUGGCAUUCAGGAAACAGAAGACAUAAUUUCCCAUCAUCUGUGCAUGGGGCUGGUGCUGAGUUUCCUCAGUGUGUGUUAAUGAAGCUCAUGACCAGCCUUUGCUAUCCCUAAUAUCAGGGAGCUCAGAAUCUAAAGCUGGGUGAUAUCCUAAUGGGCGUGUACAUAUAUUUUGAACCAAACAUCAGCUUCUUAAGAACUGGAUGUAGAAGGCAGGUCAGGAGUUACAGUUGGAUGCCAAAAUUUUGGAAUUUCCAAGCUAUGCUAGUGAGUUUUGGCAGUGUUUGUUAGCCAAGUCACCUGCGAACUUAAAAAAAAAAAAAAAAAAAAAAAAAUAUAUA